AUGACGGCAAUUGAUGCCGUUUCCUUGGGAGGUGUCUUAAGGGCACUUGACAAAUCGAACGGUCCGACUAGGGUUGCAAGAUCAAGCUAUGGUGUUCGCUGCGAUGAGCCUUACUUCCACGAGUUGCAUGCAGGACAGCCGACUAUUCCGGGCUUCCAAAACUCGAAUGAACACUACGUGGAGGCCAUAGAAUCGAUUUCGAAAAAGGGCGAUGAUAUUGCUCCUUUGUUCCAGAAGUCUGCGACGCGCUACCAAACUUUCCCUUACUGGAAUGCUGAUGGUACAGUAAAUCACGGGCCGUUCAUUUGCCAAGAGGAGAUCUGGGUAUCCGAUGAAGCCUAUCUAGACUGUCGCAGUUUCAGAGAUGAUCAUAACAAAGAUGCUCAGAGGAUUGGUGUUAUAGUGACAGACGUCACACAUCUCCGUCCACGGUUCCUGCAUAAGACUGCUCAAGCACAGGGCCCUCGUGGCCGUUGCAGGAGAUAUUGGUACUAG